AUGGCCCCAAGUCUUCGGGACCUGAUUGAUUUUCUGCUUGCAGAGAUUGCUCUCUGCGGCGACCAAGGUUGGUUCCCUGAUGCUCCUGACCGCAGCCACACCGUGGACAGACGCUUCAAGGAGAAAGUCUGGUCCUGGCUGACCAAGAACCCCGAAAUUUCGGUGGGUCACAACAGGGAAGGCAACCAUCUUCGCCUGCAAGAUGUCGCCGGAUUCUCUCGUGGUGAGUCUUCCACCGAGGCGCACACUCCCACUUUGUCGUCGGGGCCUGUUCGCGUGUUCGUCUCGAAGGAACGAACUUGGCUAGCAGUCACCGGCCAUGAGCCGGAUGAGACCAAAGUCUUGCCCACCGAGUUCGCUCUUCUCUCAAUUAUUGCCUCGCGUAAGCAUAAUGGCAUCGUGCAGACAGAUCUGGUCAAGGCCAGUGGUCAGGACAAGCGGUCGGUACCAAAGCGAACCGACGCUCUGCAUCAAAAAGGCUACAUUGAGAAACGGGCCAUUCAGAUCAAGGCUGCUCGGACAAGUCUUUGCACCCUUCGCCGGUUUCUGACAUCAGAGCAUGCACCUCAGUCCGAUCAAGACUCUGAGCCGUCGGGUGUGAAGCCCAAGAUGAUCGACUUCAAUGAGUUUAAUGGGAAGCUGUUCGACAUUCUGAGGGAAUACAGGCUUAUCUCUCGGAAUGAUCUCAAAGCAAAGCUCGGAUUUAUAGAUCAUUGGCACUGGCGAAUCCUAUCCCGGGCGCUUCGCAAGUUCGAGCGCAUCGGGGUCUUGAAGCGUGUGAAAGCCUUGUCUCAGUAUGCGCACACACUGAAAAAAUUCCAUCCAUGUGUCAUGCUCAUCCGGGAACCUACGGAGAAAGACAUGGAAUUGUUCCAUGAAUUCAGUCGAAACAUCUUGGCCAAUUUAGACCAGGAAGACAACGUCGAACUGGAAGACGAAAUGGACCAGGAAGAUCCGACCCGAGGAUCGCAAGGCCCCCCGAAUACCACUUUGGUGAAACGGGAGCAAGAGGUGGAAGACGCCGGUCGCAUUCUCCCUUCUUGGAGCCCAGACCGCAACAUCCAUAAUCUAAUCUUCGAGACGAUCGAUAAUGCGGGGACUGCGGGCCUCACCAACCAACUGUCCCAGCCACUACACUUGCGCCAUCUGGCUAUAGUGCGGGACACGGCACUUGAACGAACCAUUACACACUACGUUCAUUACACCGCAUUAAGUUUCCAGGCACUAGUCAACGCAGGGGAUGCGCUCUGGGAGGCGGUCGAAUUCCGUCCAAAGGAUGCCAAGGACGAUAAGAUCCGACCGCCCCCUGUAAACGCCAUGCCUCAGCUGGAUCAAUAUGCAUUACCCCUAGACCGUCCGGGAAAGGAGGUGCUAAAGGGCGGCGAUGCUUCCCUCCUGGAAUGUAUUCUCGUGGCUAAGCCGCCAAACUAUAAUUGCUCGAGCCGUGACCCUGUGGCAGUACGGCAAUUGGAUGGAAGCUAUACAAUCGAGCAGCGACUCAAGGGCGCUGCUGGCGUCGGGGCCAGCCCGCUACGCCCCAGGUCUACACCAGUUACUGUCAAAAAAGAAUACGCCGAUGUCUCUGGUGAUGAGAUAGUCGAGCUGAAGCCUGCUAGACCACGUCUCAAGAAGCAUGAUCCAGAGCGAUACAAAGGCAUGUCCGAGAAGGAAAAGCUGGAAGCGAUGGGCUACGAUGAGACAUGGACAGAUUACAGCGUCUUGCUCAUAGAACGACUAGAACCCGGCGUAUACGUUACUCCGCGUGGCCGACGAAGGGCGGCUGGCAAUCGACAGGGACGUCCUCGUGCUAGCAGGAUAGCUGUGUUCAAGUCUCCGAGACUGUCAUCUUUAUCAUGGUUCCGGAAAGAUCCUCUCGACUUGGACGCUGAUACGGCGGUUCAAUCCGAAGUAACGCCCCAAUCACCGCGUCCGGUUGAAACGUCUGAGCCCACGGUAGCUGAAUCUGGCACGGCACUCGGCUCUCCAAAGCCUUCUACAGCUAAUCAGGCUAGAGGAAGUAAGCGAAGCCGACAGCAGCGUGAUUCAGAUGCGACACCCGAAUCAAGAAUUGGCAGCGCACGGAAGCAAAAGCGAGUCAACGUUGGAACCUCCGAAAUUGGUGCAUUGUCUGUCGAUGCGAACAGUACCAGCCUCUCGGUUCACACCGAAGGAGAAAAGAGCCCUGACAGUCAAAUGAGCCCUGUCACAACAAAUCAGCGCACGAAACGAAAGCGAGCCGUGUCUCCGAAAGAUGGAGACCACGCGAUGACCGAUCCUGCUGAAACCUCCAAGAGUGAUACUAUCGUUGCGACACGGCGUUCCCCGCGCAAGAGUAAUUCCGGGACAAGUGCAAGCGAAGUUAGUCCGUUGCCAAAGAAACCCCGUGCAAAUAAUACCCUGCGGAAAUGGCUUGCAACUUCGCAAAUACCAAAACGUACAACUGAGAAUCACGCAGGUGCUGAGCAGGCACCAGACUCUCAUACGACCUCCCAGGGUACUGAGAAGACAAAGAGUGAUGAAAUGGAUACUUCUACCCACUCCAAUACGGCAAGCACUACAAACGCGGAUGUACAGCCAAUUGCCGAUCAAGUUGAAGUCCCUUUGCCUUCGGUAGUUCAAGUUGCGCCGGAGGCAGAACAGGUGGAAACCCCAACGCAGCAAUCAAAGGACAGUGACCGAAAACCCAGAGCAGGGAAAGGAGGAUCCGUCGCCGUACUUCGCCGGCAAAUUGUUAUGGAUAUCAUCGACCAGGCUGGAGGAGCUUACCCAAUGGGUACAGAACUUUGGUACCCAUUUAUGACUGCAUGGCAAAGGACUCGCUACAAGGAGAUUCCAGAUCUCCGUACGGUUAGAACAGUUGUGAAGGGACUGGUUGAUGCUGGCAAGCUGAGCCAGUUAACGUUCAGUGGCCGGGACAACAAAGGUGUCAUGGUGACAAAGAACAUUGUCUAUAAAGUGGAGAUGCAGGCCGAUGAUCCUUUGAUUGAAGAUCUACAAAAGAAGAUGCUGGCGGCAGACCGGUAUUACUUUCCUCCAAAUGUUGAUAUCGAUCCCGAGAUCAAGAAAAACGGCAGCAAACGUAAGAAAAUGGAAGGAAAGGAAGGCCGGCACACAAGUCACUUUCCCUUACUGCCUGACGAGCUUACAGUGCAACUGCAUAAAAAGCCCGCGUCUGUCGUUGCGAUAGAGAAAAGGCGAGAUAUGGCCAUGCGGAGGGAACUGCUCGAACAACUGGCUAUGGAGGAAGACUUCGAUCCAUUUAGCGGCUCAGAGAUUGUUCGUCUCAUGACAUUCCGACGCCGGGCAGGAAAGAACGGGGCUCAGGGAUUGACCUCCAUCACCAGACCAUAUCCGCUGAGGAUGACCAAGGAGGAGCGACAGCUGCACAGACGUCAUGCAUUAGCCGGGUUGGCCUCGAUCCGCAAAAUGCGACGCCUUUGGUCAUCGCUUGCUCCGUACUCGAUGCUUAUGAACACCAGAUCAACCUUCAUACCCACUACCGGAACGUUUUCGACCGAAGCUGGUAUUCCGGCACUCCAGGCCGCGAAAGACCGUGCCAGAGCAGCAGCAAGAAAGCAUGUACUCAUCCCUGCAACUGAGCUACCGCACUCCCUGGAAGACAUCCUUAAGUCUCAGAGGCACAGUUACGACUACUCUACAAGUGAUGACCCGCGCGCACGCCAGUUCUUUCACGAAACCAAUACCAUUUCUCGGUGGGAGAUUGAGAAUGAGGAUUUACUUGCGCGCAAGAGCUCCGAAAUCACAUUCAUCAAUCAAACGGUACCGAACCUGGAAAGCUCCGGAAUUGAAAGUGGUAUUCGGUUUGAUUUUGAUGAGAGCUUCGGGGAUAUUAUCACACCGCGACUGUCCGUGAUUACUCGUCAGCGACGCCGACGGUCAGAAGCCGCUUCAAUGGCACCCCAAAACCGCCGAAUAGCCAAGUGGGAUGAGUCCAUGGCCGGCGAUGAGAAUAAAGCCCUCAUGUCAAGUCAGCAGCUCAACAACCGGAAUACGAUUUCGAAGAGAAACCGGGCACCCUUGGCCCCCGAGAUGGUUCGAAGAAUCAUGGUGGCAUUUGCCGUUGUUCGAAGCCUGGCGGGAGGGUCGGAUGCACGUCAGAUCGACUGGACUCUUUUGUUCCAUUGCUUUCCUGACAUGGACCAGGAUAUUGUGGCUGAGAGAAGCCGUCUCGUUCUCAACAAAUGCCGCUUGCAGAUCGUCAAGAUGCAGAGUGACUUUCACGAGAGGUUUCUUGAUGCUUAUGCCAAAGAUGAAGUGCCCCGCAUUGACUACGAUGAUCUAUAUGGAUACGACUGGGAGGGAGUAGUCGAUUGGGCGAUGCAUCAUCUGGAACUGCCCAAGUCUGAGAAAUUACCUGAUCUACCCGCUACGAGAGAGCAGCUGGAUAGCAUGUUCGAUGUGCGAGAAGAGCCAACCAAUCCUUUGGACGAAUUCUACCAUGUAAGUCAGUCCAUCACUGUUAGCCGCAAGCGCGCCUUAGCUGCCGCUGUUCCGUUUGCCAUGCCCUUGAGCAACAAGGUGGCUCGGGCUCAGCCCCGGAAGGCCGAACUGGCCCGUCUGGAGGUAGCCAAGACGUGGGUUCGAGCCAAUGUCGUAACCCCAGAUGAGACCUACCGUCCGGUGGAGGCACGGCAAAGCCUAGAACGAUUUGGAGAGCCCUUGGUCCACCAGGCGCUGCAGUCGCUGGUUACAGAACGCGCUCUUAACAUGGGCAAUCGGGGUCGCAUUACUCCAGGACGCAACUACGAUGUCACAGAGUAUUUCUUACUCGCCAUCAGCAAGAAGCGAGCCAUUGAGAGUGUUCAGCUGCGCCGCGCCCAUAAAUUCAAGACGGAGGUCUUGGAUCCCGCCUUUCAAGACCAGGGACACGCUGAGAUCGACUGGAAUGCGGACGACGGCGACAUGCUCGUGGCUAUCAACCUACUCUGGGCAGGUCGCGUGCUCCUAAAACCGCGCGACCCACCUCGCGACAAGUACGGUCUGACGGAGGGUGGGUAUCUGACUCGACAGAUGGACAAGACGAAGCUUCGGUUUACGGUUGAGAUCUGGCCGACGGAUACCUAUGUUUAUGGGAACCCCGUGCAGGAAAAGGCCAGUGCUUUGAAACCACCGCGUUUGCCUGAGGAGAUUGAUCUCGCGACGUCACUCCCCGCGAAGGUUCCACUGUGGUAUGAUAUCCAUGGCGACUUCGUGCGAGUUCUGUGGGAUUUGGCCGUGGCAUCAGUGGUGAGCUGUGUGGCGCAGAGGCCUGGAAUCAGCGCCUCUAGCAUUGCUGGGAUGUUGAAGCCGACGAUGGGAGGAUGGGAGGUGCAGCUCUUAUUAGAAUAUAUGAAGGAGAUUGGGGCUAUGAAGUUGGACUGGACGAGAACGGACAAAGCGCAUGAUGAGGAUGAGCCAGGCUGGCGGGUGGACGAGUGGUGGUAUAUGGUGUUGGCUUGAUUUAGGGGAAAGAUCUAGGCUGUAACUAUAGGGCGUUAUCUUGGUCUUGGAAGAGGAACCUUACUGCCUUCUCUCGUGUGUUACCGUGUCUUUUGUCCUGUUCCAUGUAUAACUAUUCCGAGCCAUUUUUGUUGAAACAGCAACCAGUCUGUCAC